UGAUGAUGGUGAAGAAGAACUGAUGAAGCCUGCAGUGAAACUCCUGCUGAAUCUCAGUGUUGCUGCAGUUGAAAAUGUCACAGUUACAGGAACAAGAUUCUCUACUCUGCUGUCGUCUGUGUGCAGUUACAAAACCUUCCCUUUUCAUCAAGAGUGGGAUGGAGAUGAUUAUGCUGAUUAUCAGAGUGAUUUCCUGCUGGAUCUUUGCUCACAUGUGAGGAACUAUGAGACUCAAACAGGCAGGAGUUUCCUUCCAGCAUUACAGUCAGUUUUCCAGUCUCCUGAUGUCUGGAUCAUAGAUCUCUCACAGAGAAAGACCUCCGUCCUCCUGGAAGUGCUGAAACUCCAGACAGAGAAGAAACCAGUAGAGCUGAGAGGAUGUUCAGAGGAAGAGAGUGAAAUGAAGAGUUUCCUUCAGUGUCUGUCCUACAUCUCACAGCUGAGGUUUGACUGUAGGAAUAUCAGUCUUGAAGUGCAGUUUCUUCUGAGACUCUUGACUAAAGCAGCAGAGACUGAGACACAGACAGGAGAGCAGAUGCUGAAACUGUUAUCAUCAGUCUGCACCUACACAUCUUUUCCUUAUCAAGAGACUAACAGAAUUAAACAGAGUGAUUUCCUGCUGGAUCUUUACUCACAUGUGAAGAACUAUGAGACUCAAACAGGCAGGAGUUUCCUUCCAGCAUUACAGUCAGUUUUCCAGUCUCCUGAUGUCUGGAUCAUAGAUCUCUCACAGAGAAAGACCUCCGUCCUCCUGGAAGUGCUGAAACUCCAGACAGAGAAGAAACCAGUAAAGCUGAGCGGAUGUUCAGAGGAAGAGAGUGAAAUGAAGAGUUUCCUUCAGUGUCUGUCCUACAUCUCACAGCUGAGGUUUCACUAUUGGAAUAUCAGUCUUGAAGUGCAGUUUCUUCUGAGACUCUUGACUAAAGCAGCAGAGACUGAGACACAGACAGGAGAGCAGAUGCUGAAACUGUUAUCAUCAGUCUGCACAUACACAUCUUUUCCUUAUCAAGAGACUGACAGAAUUAAACAGAGUGAUUUCCUGCUGCAUCUUUACUCACAUGUGAAGAACUAUGAGACUCAAACAGGCAGGAGUUUCCUUCCAGCAUUACAGUCAGUUUUCCAGUCUCCUGAUGUCUGGAUCAUAGAUCUCUCACAGAGAAAGACCUCCGUCCUCCUGGAAGUGCUGAAACUCCAGACAGAGAAGAAACCAGUAAAGCUGAGCGGAUGUUCAGAGGAAGAGAGUGAAAUGAAGAGUUUCCUUCAGUGUCUGUCCUACAUCUCACAGCUGAGGUUUGGGUUCUAUGGUGAUGAAGAAAAGAAGAUGAAGUCUGCAGUGAAACUCCUGCUGAAUCUCAGUGUUGCUGCAGUUGAAAAUGUCACAGUUACAGGAACAAGAUUCUCUACUCUGCUGUCGUCUGUGUGCAGUUACAAAACCUUCCCUUUUCAUCAAGAGUGGGAUGAAUAUGAUCCUGAUUAUCAGAGUGAUUUCCUGCUGGAUCUUUACUCACAUGUGAGGAACUAUGAGACUCAAACAGGCAGGAGUUUCCUUCCAGCAUUACAGUCAGUUUUCCAGUCUCCUGAUGUCUGGAUCAUAGAUCUCUCACAGAGAAAGACCUCCGUCCUCCUGGAAGUGCUGAAACUCCAGACAGAGAAGAAACCAGUAAAGCUGAGAGGAUGUUCAGAGGAAGAGAGUGAAAUGAAGAGUUUCCUUCAGUGUCUGUCCUACAUCUCACAGCUGAGCUGUUCUGAGCAGUGUUUGUUAGCUUUAGUUAAAGUGGUUGAGCUCAGAGAGAAUCCAGAGCUGGUGACUUCACUGUUGGAGCUUCUCGGCUCCUCCGUCAGUCUGGAAGGAAGUUUACCCAGUAAAUCCUGCAGGUCUGUGGGACGAGUCUUACGCUUCUCUUCUGACAGACUCAACCUCUCUCUAAAACCUAAAGCCAUCUCUAUAAGAGGAACCAGGCUUCUCUUCAGACACAUCACACACAUACACACACUUAGGCUGAGUGUUUAUAUGGUGCUGAGAAUAGUGCAGGUGUUGAGGUCAAUGAGGGUUCAAACUCCCGUCACUGUUAAUGAACUCACACUUGAUCUGAAUGGUGAACGGCUGUCAGAGAGGAAGUGGUCGAGAGUCCUGAGCAGUUUGGCCAUCUUUCUGAGACUCUGGACUGUCCAGUGUUUGAACCUGACUGAACACAAGAUGGCGUCUGUUUCUCUAUGUGUCCUACUGUGUCACCAGGCCCCAGUGAUUCUCAGAGCAUCUAAAGAGAGUCUCCAGAAGCUGGUUGAAUGUGUCCAUGAAGCUCAGGAAGAGGAACUGACUCAGCACUUCCUGCAGAAAGUGGGCGGAGAUCUGACUUCCUGUUCCUUGAGCUGGGAAGAGCUUCACUAUUUCCUGCAGCACAGAAUUCAACAAAUCACUGUGAACUUCAGAAAGAGCGACAUUCAGUGCAACAUCAGAGAAAUCCUGCCAUUUCUGAACAGGAUUCAGUUUAAACGGAUGAGCUCUGUCUUCAUGCUGUCUGUAAUCACAGAGAUCUAUGAGAGCGGCUCUGUUGAGUGUGUGUUCAGUCUGUUGAGUUCAGUGCAGAACUACAUCAGCCUGCAGAGCAGAGAUCUGGACUCUGGCCACUGUGCGGCGCUGCGCUUCACACUGCAACACUGCACUGCAGUUUCACUCGACCUGCUGUGGACCUCCAUCCCAGAGGAAGAGCUGGAGAGCAUUGUGCCUCUCUUCAGACAUGUGUCCCGCAUUAGUGUUGACAGGCUGCUGUUACUGAAGAUGCUUCACUGCUGCAGUGUCUCUGAUGUCCAGCAAGAGUUUUCCUCAGUUCUGCUCUCCGUCCUGCAACACAAGCUGGACUUCUCCUGCCGUUCUGCUCUGGAUCUGACAACACACACACACUCUGAGACUCUACAUCUGACCACUGAGGACUGCCGUGUGAUGACCACAGUCAUUCAGAGAGCUCACACACACACACCCACAAACACACAGCUGAUUCUACAGGACUGUGAGAUUAACACAGCUGGAAUGGACCAGCUGUUGCCAGUGUUACAUGCUGUUAAACUCUGCUGUGAUAAAUCUCUGCUGCUUCAGUUUCUGGCUCAUGUGAGUCCUGAGGAAGCGGAGUCUCUUUCUCGAGCUCUGGGUGACGAGGUGGACCUCAGUCAGACUCCUCUGGAGCCGCAGGUCUGUCGAGGUCUGGCGCUGAUUCUGGAAUAUUCUGAAGGACUGACUGAACUGGAUCUGAGUCAGUGCCGUCUCACUGAUCCCAGCCUGGAUCUGCUGCUCACACACCUCCACAAAGCACAAAACAUUGAUUUUAGUGGCAAUAGCAUCACUGACACUGGGGCUCAGAGAAUCUACAGUGUCGUCUGUCGCAACAGUGACAUAAAGACAGUAAGGCUCUUCAACAACAGAAUUGAAUCCAGAGAGCUCUUCCUCACUGACCCACGAUUCGAGAUCUGGUGAUGAUAAUAAACUCUCUCUGGAAUCAACAAGCAGGUGAAACAACCAAUGCAGAUCUAGAGAGAUGAGGCUCGUGAAAAGGGAACGGGUGUGAAGACUUUUGAAGAAUCGGGCCAUCAGAGUCCCAGAGAUGAAUCUAGCAGCAGAUUUUAUACCAUAUACUGUACAGGUUUCAUAAUCAUCUUCAUUCUUCAGUCAUAAUCAACAGUGGGUUUCUGUUUCAAUAAAGCCCCUUUCACGCAGCGCGUUGAUCCCGGGAAAUUUAAUAAUAACUGUUUUGUAAAUGAACAAAUCCAUCUGUAAACUUUCUUUCCUCUUCUCCAUCCCUUUAUAUUAUUUGUGAUGCAGGGUUAUAGUUUUGAAUUUAGUUUUUAUUUCUAUUUUCAAUUUAAUUUAGUUUUCCCUAUAAUUUAGUUUUAGUGUAGUUAAUAUAGUAUUUUUUCUCAGUGACAGUUUAUUUUAUUUUAUUUUUAUAUUA